AUGACCGGCUGAUGCUGAACAGCCAGAGAGAUGGAAGAUGGAAACUGCCGAUUGCACUUUAUUGGGACUUACAACGUUUAUUUGUGCAGCAUGGUGUUUUAAUUGGUCUUUGCAUAUCGCAUCACUAAUAUACGGGAGAUGGAAAUUCAACAGAAAGCUGAAUCCAGCUGUCCCAUUAGAGGAACUCCCAGGUGUCUCCAUCAUAAAGCCAUUGUUGGGAGUUGAUCCACAUCUAUUUGAAAACCUAGAAUCCUAUUUUAACAUCAAAUACCCACAGUAUGAGCUCUUAUUUUGCAUUCAAGAUGAAAUGGACGCUGCCAUCAUGAUUGUCCAAAGUCUUCUUAAAAAAUAUCCAAACAUUGAUGCUAAAGUGUUUGUAGGAGGAAAGCCUGUAGGUAUUAACCCUAAGAUAAACAACAUGAUAUCAGGCUACAAGGCAGCUAAAUACGACCUGGUACUCAUAAGUGACAGCGCCAUCUACAUCUCAGAGGAUGCAGUGCUAGACAUGGUUUUAACACUGACAGAAAACACAGGCCUCGUCCAUCAAAUGCCAUACGCCUGCACAAGGAAAGGAUUUGCCUCACACAUGGAGAAGAUCUUCUUUGGAACUCAGCACGCCAAAAUGUACCUAGUAGCUAACCUGCUGGGUAUCAACUGUGCUACAGGGAUGUCAUCCCUCAUGAGGAAGGAGGUGAUUGAAGAAGCAGGAGGGCUUUCACAUUACUCACAAUAUCUCGCAGAAGACUUCUUCUUGGCUGAGACAUUCCUCAAAAAGGGAUGGAAAAUUAGAAUUUCACACCAAACAGCAAAACAGAAUUCAGGAACAUAUUCAAUGCCAUACUUAUAUAACCGAUUGACAAGAUGGGCUAAGCUGCGAACAGCCAUGGUCCCUUCACUGAUAUUCUGGGAGCCGGUAUCUCAGUGUCUAGUGUUGGGUGUCAUCAAUGCUUUAUCCAUGGCCUAUCUUUUCAACUGGACAGCUUCUGUCAUCUUUUUAGUGCACUGUUUGAUUUGGUUUCUCCUAGACUACAUUCUCAUCAAGAUUUUAGAGGGAGGACCACUUCCUUUCUCCAAAUUUGAAUUCCUGGUUGGAUGGAUAAUAAAUGAGUGUACCUAUUUGUGUGUGAUAAUUCGCUCUCAUUGGGACUCAACCAUUGUCUGGAGGACAAAACGUUUCCGGCUCCGCUGGGGUGGUAUCGUUGAAGAACUCCAUACAAAACAAACAGUGUAGCACAAGGGAAAUAAGUUUUGAUUCACUUCAUGCAAAACCAUGCUUCAGUUAAUGAUUAUAGGUUGUAGGAUGCUUCCAAACAAACGCAGAUUAUGAUUGAAAGGAAACCGUGCACCUUCGUCAGCAAGCCAUCCUCAUGACGAUACAAGGACAGAGAUUCUUUACUCAUAACCAUUAAAUCUAAUUAUAGGUCUACAUAAUGCAGUAAAACCACAGUAGCAUUUUCAGAGACUGUACUGAUCACCAAGGCAGAAUUGUCUGUGACUAUUCUGAUCACCAUGGCAACAUUAUCUGCAACUUUAUUGAUCAUCAUGACAACUCUGUCUGUGACUGUUCUGAUCACCAUGGCAACAUUGUCUGUGACUGUUCUGAUCACCAUGGCAACUUUGUUGGUGGCUAUGAUCAUGCCUUCAGCGAAUUAGACUAUCACUGGAUUUAUGGAUGUGGAUUGUCAGAUGUAAUGUGACAUUUCUCUGUUAGUGAUGUGCAACACCUUGUCAGGGUAAUUUGUCAUUUCCGAGUACAGCUCUUAAUAUCUAUUAAGAACCAUAUAUAAACUUUUUUAACAUCUAAAGAAAAAAUUUUAAGUAUUCCUUGGAAUUAAAUGCCAUUCUAUGGCUAUUAUAUCAGACAGACUCAAUUCUGAGCAGCCAUUUUCAAAACUAAAACAAUCAACAAUGUAUAUUCUGUAAAGUGAGCAUGAUCUGGCUGUUUAGUUAGUUAUUUUAUUUAUCUUUCAACGCCACAAUUAUAAGUUGCCAAAAUUUAAGAUGUCUGCUUAAAUUGUAUCAUCAUUCAUUUAAAUCUUGACCAGUAUAAAACUUUCACACCAUUCCUGUUCUUUUCCAUAGAUGUUAACUUAAGUGAGUGCUUUGAAGUGAAGUCUGUUUCUAUUGCUACAUUGAUUCUGUGCGGUAACUUUAUUUUUGACUUGGUGAGAAGGGAGAUUGUCUGGGUCAGUGCACAGUCACAUUUAAUUGUGGCUUAAUGAGAAAGGAGCAUGUCUGCUGAGUGGACUUGUUCGAUUGUUAAGUGUGUUUUAAGUGAUUGUUAUAUGUUUUAAAGGUGCUGAAAUGAGUAUUCAUUUUAUGUAUAUGCCAGAAAGAUGAUUUUAAGUGAUAUUAACUUAACAUGAUAUUUUUGAAAAAUUUGCUUACGUUUUGAAGGUGCAAUCUUUAUGUUGUCAUCUAUAUAUUAGUGUUUCUUGCCAGAAAGAGAUUUGUUUUGUAUAAAGAGAUUCAAGUUAGAGUGUUAUACCUCUAGUCGUCUGUCUUGCCGUAGUUGAUUUACAUUAUGCCAAUAUUGUUCAAUGUGUUCAGUACUGAUAGUUUAAAUGAUAGUUCAAAAGGAAGCAAAAUCAUUGUGACUUGGAACUUAACAUUACCUUAACCAUGAUGAAUGUUUUGAUACAGUAAAUAUAUAUAUCAGUUAGGACUUCCUACAGACCAUUUGAUAUGUAAGACAGGUACCUGGGUAAUACAAACUAUACAAGGUGAGACAGCUGGUAAAAUUUGUUCUCUCUUAAAAAACAAGGUUGUAUAAAUAAGGCAAAAAUUGCGAUGAAAUAGCCCAUUGUUCUAAGAUUUGUAACAUUUUCUAUCUAGUCAUUUCCUGAAAGAUCUAACUCUCAUAUAUGCUAGAUAUCAACUUUAAUGUACUAGAUAUCAACAUAAAUAUACUAGACAUCAACAUAAAUAUACUAGAUAUCAACAUAAAUAUACUAGAUAUCAACUUUAACAUACUAGAUAUCAACUUAAAUAUACUAGAUAUCAACUUUAACAUACUAGAUAUCCACUUAAAUAUACUAGAUAUCAACUUAAAUAUACUAAGAUAUCAACUUAAAUAUACUAGAUAUUAACUUGAAUGUACUGGCUUUUAAAUUUGAUAAUGUUGGAUAUCAACUUUAAUAUAUUAAAUAUUACUGAAUGUUAACUUUAAUAUGCUGGAGAUUAAUUGUAAUAAAGUUGAUAUUAAAUUUGAUAUAACGGUACAUGUACUAACUGUUAAUCACUGGAUGUAAGCUUUCAGCAACUGGGUGCAGUAUUAGCGUACAUCACUCAGAUAUUAAUUUUUUAUUAACUGGAUGUUAACUUUCAUCAUAUUAUUAUGAAGUUUUAUCGACUUGACGUUAACUAGUACCAACAGGAAACUGUCUUGAGUAGAGUAAGGAAGCAUAUAAUCGCAUAGGAAGGAGUCUGACUGAAACUUUGUGACAAAGGUUUUCUAAAACAAUGUAUUGUCUGUUAUACAAUAUAACUUAUUAUAUGAAGCUUCAUACAAAGAAACAGGAAGAAGAUUAUACAAUCAUUUUGUAAGUAAAAUGUAUAUGAUCAGUAUACAACACUAUUAAAUACCAGGCAUUGAACGCAAUAUAUAUAUACCUACCACACUUCUGAACAAAUGAUCAUACACAGGAAUAUUAUAUCAGUCGUUGAUCCCUUUUAUAAUUCUGCACUGAAAUACAUGACAAUAUUAUUUUCAGAUGUUGAAUCUCAUAUUUAUUUCCUUUAGAACACAAUUUAUUGUAUCCAUGUUAAUGAGUCUUUAAGAAUGUUAAGUAUUAUUCUAGCACCUUCCUGUAGGAAAACUGUAUUCCAACUCUUUAUUAUCACAAGCUCUUUUAAGUAUCUUUUAUGCAUGUCAUUAUAUACAUAUUAUUAAAUAUUUAUAAUUUUUUAACCAACUAAGGUCGGUUUUGAUAUUUGCUGUAGGAUUUUCUCCCUUUGAUAUGUUUCGCUACAGAAAACAACUUUUUGGAAGGCAAAUGUACAAUUUCAGUAUUAAAUAGAUGUACUAUUCAAUUUUAUUGGAAGUUUUUUUAUUGUAGUUUGUUAUGAAACAUCAGGUAAACUAUACAGGUAUUGGUGUAUUGUGACCUAUUAGGUCUCUCAGAAAAAAAGUCAACAGUUAAUUGUUAUCUGAAAUAUAUAUUAAAGUAUUUCUUAAGUUUUGUAACAGAUUUAAAUCAAUUUCAUUAUUAUUAUUUUUAAAAAGAUUAUUAACAUUUGGUUAAAGAGAGGUACACACUAUGGUCUCCCAAAUAUAUAUACAUAAUUAAACUUCAGUAAUAUGUAUUGUACAUGAAAUUCCAACUGUAAGUAUUGUUUAUACCCAAAAUCAAUGACUGUGGUCAGUAAAGCCCUGUAGAUCGGUACAUUACCCCUCAACGUGUUCAUGUUAGGAAUAAGGAAAUUUUAUGUAGUACAGCUUGUUUAACCCCCUUUAUUCUCAAUACUACAUAGGACAUACACUUGUUGAUAAAAUCAGGAACUGAUGUUGUAUGUGGUCUUGGUGCUAGAUUUCAUCAUAUUAUUGAGUUUUGUAUUUGAGAUAGACAUUUUUUUUAUAUAUCUGAUUGAUUGGGAUAUUUUUUAUACUUUAGGUCAUUCCCUGGUUGGAUUUUGUUAAUGCAUAUAUGAAUGCUACAGUCUUAUGUCUGUGCUGUCACUGCAUGACUUGUUACCAUGGUAACAAUGAUUAGUGGCAGAUGUCAUUUUAUACUUUGUUGCAUGUAUUGAUAUUUAUGUUCAUUCCCAUAUCUGAGGCUCCGGUAGUGAAGUAGCAGCUCAUUUAGCACUGUAAUUGAUGUGCCUUUGUACAUUACAAUACAAAGUAGAUCACCAGGAAGCUUAUCAACACUGAUGUCUCACUUAACACCGAUGUGUAGAGCUGCAAAAUUCAUUGCACGUUCUACAUAAGGUGUAGUCAAUGACGUGUUGCUUCUCUGUCAGAUCUUGUUUGACAACAGAAUUUUCAGUAUUCUAAUUUAUGAUAUAUGUUGAUUCCAGCUGGGUUUUUUUAUUUUAUGAAUUUGGUAUAAAUUGAAUGUUAAAUUGUCUACAGGGUAUAAUCAUGAUGAAAGUUUUAAUUAGUGUUCCUUUUGAAUUCUGAUAAGCCUGAGUAAUACUCAUUUUUAAUUUGAUUAAAAAGAAAAUCAUUAUAAAAUGUACAUAACAUACUGAUGAUUUAAGUAAGUACAAGGUCAGUAACAUCUGAAUCCCCCAGAUGUUUGAUGAUAUAACAUUGUCGAGUCUUGUUACCGUAGUAACUGAUGUACUACCUACCUCCAGCCUUCCCUGUUCACUAGUCCAGAUAGAGUUGUGCCAAUUGUACCCAUUUGUAGUAAUACAAUCUCCACAACAAACCAUUUUUUUUAACUUCAAUAUUUUUUAAUUAAGUUUUUACCUGUACUUAGUACAAAAUUCAUUUGUUUAUUUUUAAAGUUUAUGUGAAUUUGCUGGUCAUUAGACCUUGUAAAACUUAGGUAUUUCAUAUAAUGUCCUAACAAUGUAGCAAUGACUUGGUGUAACUGUUAUACUGAUAUGUAUGCACAGACAUAUGAACAACAUUAUUAACACUUUGUAUAAAAUGACCUAAUUGUCAAAAGCUGAAUUUAUUUCAACCUUUGUAUUGAGGUUUAUCACAUAUUGUCAAAACAGUGCUUGGUCUUGCACCAAGUCUUCUGUUGAUUCAUUCACAGAAACAAAUUUUAUGAUGUUGCAAAACAUGAUGUUUGAAUCGAUUCCUAUUUCUAUUAAUAAUAAUUUGCACUUAUUGUAAGUGCCCUACAUUUCAUUAAAAUACGAAGAUUGAUUAGCUUUGAUAAUGAUGGGUUUUUUUCGUUUAUUUAAAGGUGAGUUUUGAUAUAUAGUGUAGUUAACUGGGGACAAGACUUUUUUGUUCAAAAUGCAUGUACCCAUGUUUUGUUUGAUAUGAAAUCAUCACAGAGCUUUUAACCUUCAGUGUAAAAUGAAAAUGUACUGCCAAAUAUAUCCUGGAUUAAAUGUAGAUUAAAGUUGUGCAAGUAAUGUGCCAACAUCAGAAUGGUUUGAUUUUUACUCUUUCUGCAAGGGAGAUAAAUGUUUGAAAAUGUGGGCCCAAUUUUCAGCGUAUUGUUGUUGAAAGCCAGCUCUCCAUUUGUCAUAUUAUGGACAGCCAUGCAGCUGUCAAUGUAUUGAUAUAUUGACAGUCAGCUCGUUGUGUGUCAGUGUAUUGACAGCCAGCUUGCUGCGCAUCAGUAUAUCGACAUCCAGCUCACUAUGUGUCAGUGUAUUGACAGCAUGCUCGUUGUGUGUCAGUGUAUUGACAGCGUGCUUGCUGCACAUCAGUAUAUUGAUAUCCAGCUUGCUGUGUGUCAGUGUAUUGACAGCAUGCUCGUUGUGUGUCAGUGUAUUGACAGCCAGCUUGCUGUGUGUCCGUGUAUUGACAGCAUGCUCGUUGUGUGUCUGUGCAUUGACAGCAUGCUUGUGGCGCAUCUGUAUAUUGACAUCCAGCUUGCUGUGUGUCGGUGUAUUGACAAUCAGCUUGCUGCGCGUCAGUAUAUCGACAUCCAGCUGGUGUGUGUCAUUGUAUUGAUAGCAUGCUCGUUGUGUGUUGAUGUAUUGACAGCCAGCUUGCUGUGUUUUUGUGUAUUGACAGCUAGCUGUGCCAGUGUAUAGACAGUGGGUUCUCUGCGUGUAGGUGUAUUGACAGCAGGUUUGCUGUGUCAGUGUAUUAACAGUGGGCUGUUUGUGUGUUGGUGUAUGGACAGUCAGCUCUCUGUGUGUUGUGUAUUGACAGCAAGCUCUCUGUGUGUCGAUGUAUUGACAGUCAGCACCAGUGUGUGGUUAUUAAGUAUCACUGGUGUACACUAGCUGUGUGGUCUGUACCAUACCAGAUAUUGUCCACAAGUCAUACAGUGUCUUCAGUUUGUACAAGUAAAAUUAUGGACUGAG